CCAACUGUAGGAAACUUGGCAAUUUUGAAUUAUAGUAUAAACAAGAGUUCAGAAUUCUGCUUGUUGAUGCCAAUUAUGAUAUGGUGAAUUUUUGCAAUUUUCUCAGCCAAUACUCUUUCAGACGAGCGUAAAAAAGUGGCAACCGCUAACUCCACAACAUAAACAAACAAACAAACUAGCAAGCAAGCAAGCAAAAUAUGACAGACAUACAUAUCCACCCCAGCACAAUGGAGAAACUUCAUCACCAACCACCACUCAAUCCACUUCAAGAUUCGGAAUUGAAUGCAUUUCCACUUCCCAAGAAUCUCGAACUAUUGCCAAAUUCCAACAUCAAAGAAUUUGUCGAAAACAAGGAGCUAAUCCAAGGAUACAUCAAACAACUUGAAGCGUAUAAACACCAUCAAAGCAAACUACUCAAGAAAUUAAGCACUGUUGAUGAAUUGCUCCUGAAAGACAUUACCCAAUUGAUUGAGCAAUACCAACAGUUGAUCGUAAAGAUCACCCAACAAAUCCAGAGUAUCUCCACUAUAUAUCAAGAAUUUGUCAAUUUGGAAACAAUACAGUAUCAAUUGUUAUCGAGUAAUUUCAAUUCUGAGAACUUGAAACAUAAAUUUGCGAAAUUGACUGAAGAUGAGCUGAAGUUUGAUUUUGGGGAUAGUAAAGAAAAUGGUGAAUUCAGUGAUUUUAUCGAGAGAUUUAGAGCAAAUAGACGAGUUUAUCAUUAUCGUAAAGAGAAAUUGAAUCGUUGGAACGAAGAAAGAGUAGGAGGAUUCUUGUAAUGUGUGGUGUCACUCGAGUCUAAAUCUAAGUCCAGAUCAAAUAAGUUGGUGAGGUAUUAAUUGGUUAAAUUUAACGCGCGGUUAAUGCAGUGAUGGCAGCAAGUCUAGUUGGGGGCAAGGGCAAGCGGGGCGGGGGGAUACUGAUAUGAGGGAUUUACUCAUCGCAACUAUUCGGGACUGGCAAUAGUCAUGUAAGAUAUUAUGAAUGUUGGCUUGCAAGCAGCUGGAUCUUUUUGGUGCCUUUUUGAAUACUCGAUAGAUUUGCAUAGCAGUAGUAGCAACAGCAGCGGCAGGCCAGCCCAGCCAUUACAUCCACAGCACGUGACGCAAUGGAAUUUUCCCCUCUUCUAUAAAUAUUUUUUAAAGAGAAAAAAAUUAACACGACAAUGGUUUACCACUUUUCCCGAUAAUUAUUCAAUAUUUCGGCCUUUAGAAGUAUCGAAAGCCUCUUGAUGGUGUAUAGUAGAUGUUUAAUGUAGGAACGAUGUCAUUUGACGAGGAAAAUGUAGUCUGUAUGGCGCAAUAGUUAAAAGCCUCGGAGUGCAGAGCAAAAGUUCCACCGAUCCGGACAUGGAAAAACUAUUCGUUUGUUCCUGCUGCAAAAAAUUUUCUCAUCGAAUUUCACACUGUAAAACACGCCCCCACUUGCUAUCAGUGGAGGUGAC